AUGAACAAGAGCAAGCUGGUCCUAGCUUUGGUGUAUGCUGUGUCACAGGUCUCGGCGCAUAUCGCCCUAUGGGACGAAGCUAUGUAUGGUUUCGACCCAAAGGACGUCAAUCAAUACCAGCCCGUCGAGCCUCUGGCUGAUCUCCCCUUCUCAUCCUGGUGGUUCCACGGCUAUAUCAACCGCCCUCCCGCUCCCGGCAAGAUGAUGAACCUCCCUUCCGGCGGCACGUACCACGGCCAAGUCGCAUGCAACAAGGCGCUCACCACUCUCGGCGGUACCCCGGAGCAGCGCAACGGGAUCUACGCCUGCGAGGGAGACGACCCAAACAUCGGCGGUAUCGGCGCGAUGCACACGGACGACAAGUGGAACACGCCCGUUAGUCAGCUCAAGGACGUCAAGGGCUGCGGGCUGUCGAUCGCGUACAAGUCGGACCCAUUCGCCCUCCAGCCGGAAGACUUUACGGUUAUCAGUACCAACUACACCUGCCCCUGGUUCAAGCACGUCGAGUUUCAGAUCCCGGCAGAUCUGCCGCCAUGUCCGCCGGGAGGGUGUCACUGUAUGUGGGGAUGGGUCCAUAGUACGCUGGCGGGCAGUGAGCAGAACUAUGUUUUGAACUAUCGGUGUAAUGUGACUGGAGCGACCGGGAUGAGGGAGCUGCCGCCGCCAAAGACCGCCAAUAAGUGUCACCUCCCCCAAGAUACCACCAACUGCACCGUCGGCGCCAAGCAGCCACACUAUUGGCUUCAGCUCGAGCGGAACAACAAUCAUCAGGCCUAUAUGGACCCUCCAUUCUACAACGGGGACUACGGCUACCUCAACGGCGCACAGACAGACCUUUGGGCCGGUUUGGGUCCUCAGGGCUCAGCCGGCCGCACCUCCCCCACCGACUCCACUUCGCCACCCGCACGCAAGGCAUCGAGCACAAGUAGCAGUGUCGCCAGCUCCAGCUCCGUGGCGGGCGCUAGC